UGUAAGGUCAUUUCAUGGGAGUCUUCACGGGUAUUCUGGUCACUGGAAUCCAAGAGGCAAUGACCGGCCAUGUAGAACUGCUGACCCUUUCCCACUGCUCCUCAGCUGGCUGUAAUCUGCCCUCUUCCCCGGGUUUUGGUUUGCCAGAUUUCCAAACUGUAACUGACCAAGCCAAUUCUUUCAUGAAAUGACAUAUGUUUCUCCCUCAGGCUGAGAGAGAGAGAGAGAGAGAGAGAGAGAGUAUGGUUUCAGAGGAAAGCAGUCUAAAAAGAGUGAGGUAGCCAAUCAACUUACAAGAACUCAGCAGAAGCAGCAGCACGGGCAGAACUCUUAGCUUCAUUCCCGUGAUUUCAUGGGAGUUCUCUGCCCACAGGGACACCAAAACCAACCUGGUCUGCUCCAAUUCGCAGUGGGUUUGAGGCAGCUCGGGAAGGCACAGUAGAGCCAUGAGGGUGGUUUGUCCGGGAAGAGAGGGAGGGAGCAGCUGAAGACAAAAGGUGGUGGACAAGGACCGCUUGUUCUUUAGAAAGGACAGUGUCAUGAUUUUUCUCCUCUUUCUUGCAAUUUCUCCCCCUUUAGGUUGGUGGUGGGAUUGGUCUUCAGGUUCCACUUCCACUUGAUGGUGAUCGUAUCAUUUAGAUCGACCGGAGGUCCCUCAAGGGUGUUGGUGGUGCUUUCCCUUCGGCCUCUGUAGAUCCUUCUUGCUUUGCUUCUUUGGGGAGAUCAGAGCCCGGUCAUAUGAAGAGAUCUGCAGCUCUACUCGAGAUUCUUACGAUUCUUGCAAUUAUCGGUGAGUCCUCAUGGGCUGCCUUGCCUGGCUCAUACUGCAAGGAGAUGGGAUCAAGCACGUACCGACCACACAGUGUCAGUGUAACAGAGUUUGGUGCCGUAGGUGAUGGCAUCACGCUAAAUACCAAAGCAUUUCAGAAUGCUAUCUUUUAUCUCCAUUCUUUCGCUGAUAAGGGUGGGGCGCAGCUCUUUGUGCCUGCUGGAAAGUGGCUGACGGGGAGUUUUAGUCUCAUAAGCCAUCUCACUUUAUCGCUGGACAAGGAUGCAGUAAUAAUUGGAUCCAUGGAUUCUUCUGAUUGGCCAGUCAUUGAUCCAUUGCCUUCAUAUGGCCGAGGCAGGGAGCUACCUGGUGGAAGGCAUCAAAGCCUUAUACAUGGUUCCAACUUGACAGACGUAAUAAUAACAGGUGGCAAUGGGACUGUUGAUGGCCAAGGCUGUGUUUGGUGGGAGUGGUUUAACAACCACACUCUGAACUAUACUCGACCGCAUCUCAUAGAACUGAUGUACUCAAAAGGAGUGGUUAUCUCAAAUCUUACUUUCAUCAACUCACCGUUUUGGGCCAUCCACCCUGUAUAUUGCAGCCAAGUGCUCGUCCAGAAUGUCACAAUUCUUGCUCCACCUGAUUCACCAAAUACAGAUGGGAUCGAUCCCGAUUCAUCUGACAAUGUCUGCAUCGAAGAUUGUUACAUCAGCACCGGUGACGAUCUCAUAGUUAUCAAAAGUGGAUGGGAUGAAUAUGGCAUCUCCUUUGCUCGACCAAGCUCCAACAUCAGCAUCCGGCACAUUGUUGGCGAGGCCAAUUCAGGUGCAGGCAUUGCCUUAGGAAGCGAGAUGUCUGGCGGCAUAUCAAAUGUGCGGGCAGAGGACAUCUGUCUCUUCAACUCAUUGUAUGGCAUCAGGAUAAAAACGUCCCCAGGACGCGGUGGGUAUGUUCGGCACAUACACAUCUCGAAUGUCAUCAUGACCAAUGUCAAGACAGCGAUCGGGAUAACGGGACGGUAUGGUGAGCAUCCAGACGAGAACUACGAUCCAAAUGCACUUCCAGUUAUAGACAUGAUCACCAUCGAAGAUGUUUCGGGAACAGUUAUCAAGCAUGCUGGCACAUUAGAGGGAAUCAAGGGGGAUAACUUCAACAGCAUUUGCUUGUCCAAUGUCCACCUUAAUGUGACUUCAAAGCAUCCAUGGAAGUGUUCCUACAUCGAAGGCUUUUCGAACCUAGUCACUCCAGAAUUAUGUGAAUCACUCAGAAACCCCUACCAAUCAUCAGUUUGCUAUACUGCUAACCAUUUCGACUGCUGCAAUCUGGUCCAAGCUGCCUGAGAAGUGUGUUGGGAGAUCUGGCAUCACGCUAACCUUGUUCAGGCAAUGCAUACAAGUAGAAAUAACUCCGAUACAUGCGCUUAUUUUGUUUAUCUGUUGACAUAUUGUGUUUAACUUCCAGCUGAGACUGGUAUUGCUUUCUUUUCUUGUCAUAAUAAGUUGCAAAGAGCAUGAAGUCUUCCUUUCCAGAGAGCAUGCUGCUCUUGCCUCCAUCCUUGCUAUAGAAUUCGAGUGAAUGAGUGAUGUAAAUUGGUGUCCUUUUUUUCAUUGUGAUUGCUUUUCUUUUCUUUUCUUU